GUUGUGUGCUGCCCUCUGCCGAAAAUCUUGUUUCUUCGGAAUCCCGUUUUCAACCGCAGCGGUUCUUAACUGCACCCCCCAUACUGUGAAUUGAGUUAGCAGACGAUUUAUACUUCACUGCCCACCUUUAAAACACAUACCAUCAUCAUGUCUGAUUCUGCUAUUCGUGCCGAAGAAACAGCUAAGGGAGGAAUCAAGUACGAGCUGGUCUUGUCUGAGCCAUCCGUCAAUGAUCCACCCAAAAAAGAGCAAAUCACGUCACCACCCAAGAGUAUGUCCGUGGAAGAGAUCGAACAAAAACUGAAGGCCGCCGAGGAGAGAAGACUCAUGUUGGAAGCGGAAAGACUUAAUCAAAUCAACGAAAAGAAAUCGAAAUUGCAGGAAGCGAAUCAGAAGCGUCAAGAAUACAACAACAAUUUCAUACAAUCCACCAAAGAGACUCUCGAACAAAGGAUGGAAAUUUUUGAAAACAACAGAGAAGCUAAGCUCAAGGCUCUUCAAGAAAAACUAAAGGAACACGAGCGCCACAUCGAAGAAGUUCGCCAGACCAAAAACCUCAACUUGAGCGAAACCAACCAAGAAGGUACUGAGGUAGCUUCAUCUGGUUAAAGCUUUCCAUACUAUCUGCACUGUUUUUCGCCAAAUCUUUACUGCUUCAUAUCAAUACAUAUUGUGUAGUUGAUCUCAACAGUGAUAAAUAGAAACAGUUUUUAGCUUCAGUAUCCUUUCAUUUGACUCAAAUGGAAGUUAAUUAUUUAGAGGUUUGCUUUCAAAGUAAUUAUUAAGAACGCAUUUUUUUUUCUCAAUACAGUGAAACCUCUCGGGAUCGACCACUCUCCAUUCCACAGAAAGAUGGAGGUUGGUCAUUCUUGGAGGUUACCUCCAUUGACUUCAAAAUACUUAUCGAAGGCACAUGAUGCAGAUUUUUGCAAGGUCUCUGAGAAAAGUUUUAAUGCUCUCUCCUAAAGAUUUUCUUCAACGCAAAGUCUAUGGAAAAUAAUCCGUGACUCUCUAAAUUGGUCGUAUCCCAGAUAGCAAAAUAAGGUUUAUUUUAACUCAGCAAAAACCUUUUAAUAUAAACCUAAAAAGGUGUGUUAUGUGGUUGACCUGUAAACCUUCUAACCUUAAAACGAGAUCUGAGACAAUCUGCUCUAUUCUCCCCACGUCACCCUAAUCCAAAACCUUGGGGGAAAAACCUUCUAUAUGAAAACCUUAAACCGAGGUUGACUUAGGGUUUUCAAGCGUGAAAAAAAUCCGUUAAUAAAGCUAGUGUCUCAAGGUGAAAAUAAUCUUAAAUCUAGGUAAUUAUAAGGUUUCUUUUCGAAAAGUCUUGUAUACUCAGCUAAAAUCCACCUUGCUUUGAAAUUUUAAUGG